AUGAAAAUUGUUCUUUCACAUCUCGCUAUUGCGCUCUUGAGAGUUUUUACGCCAGCACUUGCUCUGACUUUCGAUUGUUCUGGGGUUAAAAUUCAUGAGUCUGAAGUGACGAGACAAAAGCAAGAAUGGGACCGAAAUCCUAAUCCACCUAGAGAUACACUCAGCGAUGGUACGAGUAAUAGAUAUAGUUACUUCGAAAUCUCUACCAGUCUUCCUUUUUAUCAAAUCGGUACAUAUUAUCGCUGCUAUAUUGACACAGGUAUGCCCCAACCAGAUGUACGGGAGUGGGACGGAUCUACAUGGAAGCCGUGUACUCGUGAAUCAAAGGAUUAA